GCGGAGAGAGGGCGGCGGCGCUGCCGAGGCGAAACUGUGGGGGGACGCGGCAGCCGGUGGCCUCCACCCCCAACUCCCCACAUCCCCGUAGCGGGAAGGGGAAAGCGAACGGCUGCUUCCCCCAGCCCCCUUCCCGGAGGCGUACGGUCUUGCCUAGAGCUCGGCGCGGCGGCUGGCGCUGCGCUCGGGGCAGAAAGCGGGCGGGCGGGCAGCUGGAACUCCGAGCCGCCGCUUGAGGGGAGAAGAGGGGUGUUCCCGCACCCCCCGGCCCCAGCCCGGGUGGAUGUGCACAGCCGAGGGCAGCGGCGGCGGCUGUUGCGGCCUCCCCAUGGCUGGGCCCCGGCGGUGAAGGCGGCGGGAGCCGCCUGUGUCCGCGCCGCGCCGGGAGGCAGCGCAGCCAGCAGGGGGCGGGCGGGGAGGGGGAUGAGCGCUGCAGCCGCCGCCGCCUCUGCGGGAGCCGCCGCCGCCGCCUGCACCGGGGCCGAGGGCGGCUUCUUCUUCCUUUCCAGCCGCUCCGGCCCGGCGGGGUCCAUGGGGCCUGAAGAGGGCUCAGCCGGCGGGCUGGGAGCCCUGCCUGGCGCCCUGGCGGCGCCGUCGCUGGGCUGCCGGAGCCGCUACCAGCUGCUGCUCUCCGGGAAGGCCCUGGCCGACAGAUACCGGAAGAUUUACACGGCGGCUCUGAGCGAUCGGGAGCUGGGAAGCCACUCGGGCAGAAGUAAGAAACUUUUUAGCAAGAAAAAAUUGAAAAGAAAACAGAAGACUAAAUUGAAAGUCAAAACACGCAACAAGACUGAAAACAUAGAGAGUACCAUAACCAUACCAGAUAUCAAAUUACACAGCAAUCCUUCAGCUUUUAAUGUUUACUGCAAUGUCCGCCAUUGUGUGUUGGAGUGGCAAAAAAAGGAAGCAUCUGUAUCUCUGGCUUCAAAGAACAGUGUACAGAGUGGGGAUUCGGACAGUGAUGAAGAAGAGGAAUCCAAAGAGCCACCUAUUAAACUCCCAAAGAUCAUUGAAGUUGGAUUAUGUGAAGUCUUUGAACUGAUAAAGGAGACAAGAUUUUCUCAUCCAUCUUUGUGUCUCAGGAGCCUACAAGCCCUACUUAAUGUGCUUCAGGGCCAGCAACCAGAAGGCCUGCAGUCGGAACCUCCUGAAGUCCUAGAAUCCCUGUUCCAGCUUCUUCUGGAGAUAACUGUCCGCAGCACAGGAAUGAAUGACAGUACAGGACAGUCCUUGACAGCACUUUCCUGUGCUUGCCUCUUCAGUUUGGUAGCUGCAUGGGGAGAGACAGGAAGGACGUUGCAAGCAAUCUCUGCUAUCCUCACCAAUAAUGGCAGCCAUGCUUGUCAGACUAUUCAGGUGCCGACCAUUUUAAACUCUCUUCAACGGAGUGUACAGGCAGUUCUGGUGGGCAAAAUCCAAAUCCAGGACUGGUUCAGUAAUGGGAUAAAGAAGGCAGCCUUGAUGCACAAAUGGCCAUUGAAAGAAAUAUCUGUAGAUGAUGAUGACCAGUGCCUACUUCAGAGUGAUGGCUUUUUCCUCUAUCUCUUGUGUAAAGAUGGACUUUACAAAAUCGGUUCUGGAUAUAGCGGGACAGUGAGGGGCCAUAUAUACAAUUCUACAUCCCGCAUCAAAAACAGAAAGGAAAAAAAGUCUUGGUUAGGCUAUGCUCAGGGUUAUUUAUUAUAUAGAGAUGCGAAUAAUCACAGUAUGACAGCCGUAAGAAUAAACCCUGAAACCUUGGAGCAAGACGGUACAGUUGCUUUGCCAGAUUGUCAUACUGAAGGGCAGAAUAUCCUUUUCACUGAUGGAGAAUAUAUUAACCAAAUAGCAGCAUCUAAAGAUGAUGGCUUUGUAGUGCGAAUAUUUGCAACAAGUACUGAGCCAGUACUGCAACAAGAACUGCAGCUUAAGCUUGCUAGAAAAUGCUUACAUGCAUGUGGCAUCUCCUUAUUUGAUCUGGAGAAAGACCUGCACAUUAUCAGUACAGGGUUUGAUGAGGAAUCAGCUGUCCUUGGUGCUGGAAGAGAGUUUGCUCUAAUGAAAACCGCUAGUGGAAAGAUUUAUUAUACUGGUAAAUAUCAAAGCCUUGGUAUCAAACAAGGUGGUCCUUCAGCAGGAAAAUGGGUGGAACUCCCAAUCACAAAAUCUCCAAAGAUUAUUCAGUUCUCUGUUGGACAUGACGGCUCACAUGCCUUACUUGUUGCUGAAGAUGGGAGCAUAUUCUUCACGGGUUCUGCUAGUAAAGGAGAGGAUGGCGAAUCAACUAAAAGCAGACGGCAGUCAAAACCAUACAAACCUAAAAAAAUCAUUAAAAUGGAAGGAAAGAUUGUCAUAUCUACAGCGUGCAAUAAUGGCAGCAGUUCUGUAAUUUCAAAAGAUGGAGAACUCUACAUGUUUGGAAAAGAUGCCAUUUACUCUGAUAGUACAAGUUUAGUCACAGAUUUGAAAGGCCAUUUUGUGACUCAAGUAGCCAUGGGCAAAGCUCACACCUGUGUGUUAAUGAAGAACGGAGAAGUUUGGACAUUUGGAGUGAAUAAUAAAGGACAGUGUGGACGAGACACAGGCUCCAUGAGCCAGGGAGGAAAAGGUUUUGGAGUUGAGAACAUGGCAACAGCAAUGGAUGAAGACCUAGAAGAAGAGCUGGAUGAAAAAGAUGAGAAGUCUAUGAUGUGUCCUCCAGGCAUGCAUAAAUGGAAGCUGGAGCAGUGUAUGGUGUGCACUGUAUGUGGAGAUUGCACAGGCUAUGGAGCUAGCUGUGUUAGUAGUGGGCGUCCUGACAGAGUACCUGGAGGAAUCUGUGGCUGUGGCUCAGGUGAGUCGGGCUGUGCUGUAUGUGGCUGCUGCAAGGCGUGUGCUAGAGAACUGGAUGGCCAGGAAGCAAGGCAACGAGGAAUCCUUGAUGCUGUAAAAGAGAUGAUACCUUUAGAUCUCUUGCUGGCUGUCCCUGUUCCUGGAGUAAAUAUUGAAGAACACCUUCAGUUACGGCAAGAAGAAAAGCGGCAGCGUGUAAAUAGGAGACAUAGGUUGGAAGAAGGAAGAGGCCCCCUUGUAUUUCCUGGUCCUAUUUUUAUGAACCAUCGAGAACAGGCUCUAGCCAGAAUCAGACCCCAUCCAGCACAGCUAAAGCAUAAACGGGACAAGCACAAAGACGGAAGUGGAGAGAGAGGUGAGAAGGAUACCAGCAAAAUCACAACGUAUCCACCAGGGGCUGUCCGCUUUGACUGUGAACUGCGAGCUGUGCAAGUCAGUUGUGGAUUUCAUCAUUCAGUGGUUUUGAUGGAGAAUGGUGAUGUUUACACAUUUGGAUAUGGGCAGCAUGGGCAACUUGGACAUGGUGAUGUUAAUUCCAGAGGAUGUCCCACUUUGGUGCAGGCAUUACCAGGUCCUAGUACACAAGUUACUGCUGGGAGCAACCAUACAGCUAUUCUCCUAAUGGAUGGCCAGGUUUUCACAUUUGGAAGUUUCUCAAAAGGUCAGCUUGGUAGACCAAUUCUGGAUAUGCCUUACUGGAAUGCAAAACCAGCACCUAUGCCUAAUAUAGGCUCCAAAUAUGGACGCAAAGCAACAUGGAUUGGAGCAAGUGGAGACCAGACUUUCCUCAGGAUCGAUGAAGCUCUCAUUAAUUCUCAUGUGCUUGCUACAUCAGAGAUAUUUGCAAGCAGACAUAUAAUAGGUUUGGUACCAGCUUCAAUAUCAGAACCUCCUCCUUUCAAAUGUCUUCUGAUAAAUAAAGUAGAUGGCAGUUGCAAAACAUUUAAUGAUUCUGAGCAGGAAGACCUUCAAGGUUCUGGUGUGUGUCUGGAUCCUGUCUAUGAUGUUAUUUGGAGGUUUCGACCAAAUGCUAGGGAACUGUGGAGUUACAAUGCAGUAGUUGCGGAUUCCAGACUUCCCUCAGCUCCAGACAUGCAAUCCCGGUGUAGUAUUUUGAGUCCAGAGCUUGCCCUACCAACUGGUUCUAAAGCUCUAACCACGAGAUCUCAUGCAGCUUUGCACAUUCUAGGUUGUCUUGAUACUUUAGCUGCUAUGCAGGACUUAAAAAUGGGUGUAGCAAAUAUGGAAGAAGAGACUCAAGCAGUAAUGAAAGUUUAUUCUAAAGAAGACUACAGUGUUGUUAACAGAUUUGAAAGUCAUGGAGGAGGCUGGGGUUAUUCAGCCCACUCAGUAGAAGCUAUCCGUUUCUGUGCUGAUACAGAUAUUUUGUUAGGUGGUCUUGGUCUAUUUGGAGGUAGGGGUGAAUACACUGCUAAAAUAAAGUUGUUUGAAUUGGGUCCAGAUGGAGGAGACCAUGAGACCGAUGGAGACCUUCUUGCUGAAACAGAUGUCUUAGCAUAUGAUUGUGCUGCUAGAGAGAAGUAUGCAAUGAUGUUUGAUGAACCAGUACUCCUACAAGCUGGCUGGUGGUAUGUUGCCUGGGCAAGAGUGUCAGGACCCAGCAGUGACUGUGGAUCUCAUGGACAGGCCUCUAUUACUACAGAUGAUGGUGUUGUAUUUCAAUUUAAAAGUUCCAAGAAAUCAAAUAAUGGUACAGAUGUUAAUGCAGGGCAGAUCCCACAGUUACUCUACAGGUUGCCAACAAGUGAUGGCAGUGCAUCUAAAGGAAAACAGCAAACCAGUGAACCUGUGCAUAUUUUAAAGAGAUCUUUUGCCAGAACUGUCUCAGUGGAAUGCUUUGAAUCUUUAUUGAGCAUCCUUCACUGGAGCUGGACAACACUGGUGCUGGGAGUUGAAGAACUUCGGGGACUUAAAGGAUUCCAAUACACUGCUACUCUUUUGGAUUUAGAAAGGUUGCGUUUUGUGGGCACUUGCUGCCUGAGAUUGCUGAGGGUCUACACCUGUGAAAUAUAUCCAAUAUCAGCUACAGCUAAGGCAGUGGUAGAAGAAACAAGCAAAUUAGCAGAUUGCAUUGGAAAAACAAGAACCUUGCUGAGAAAAAUUUUAUCUGAAGGAGUUGAUCAUUGCAUGGUGAAGCUGGACAAUGAUCCACAAGGAUACCUCAGUCAGCCUCUCACUCUUUUAGAAGCUGUUCUUCAGGAAUGUCAUAACACAUUCACAGCUUGUUUUCAUUCAUUUUAUCCAACACCAGCUCUCCAGUGGGCAUGUCUUUGUGACUUGUUGAAUUGUUUGGACCAGGACAUCCAGGAAGCAAACUUCAAAACCUCCAGUAGCCGGCUUCUUGCUGCAGUUAUGUCUGCUCUCUGCCAUACUUCAGUAAAACUGACCUCUAUCUUUCCAAUUGCUUAUGAUGGAGAGGCAUUGCUGCGAUCAAUGGUUAAACAAGUCAGCACUGAGAAUGACUCUGCUCUGGCCCAUCGUUUUCCUCUUUUGGUUGCACACAUGGAAAAACUUAGUCAGAGUGAAGAAAAUGUUUCAGGGAUGACAAGCUUUCGGGAAGUGCUGGAAAAGAUGUUGGUCAUUGUUGUUCUACCAGUACGGAACAGUCUUAGAAGAGAAAACGAACUUUUCUCUUCACAUCUGGUUUCUAAUACCUGUGGGUUGCUUGCUAGUAUUGUGAGUGAGCUCACAGCAUCAGCAUUAGGAUCUGAGGUUGAUGGGCUGAAUUCUCUCCAUUCUGUGAAAUCAACUCCAAACCGAUUCACUAAAACAAGUCAGGGAAGAAGCUGGAAUACUGGAAAUGGAUCCCCUGAUGCAAUAUGUUUCUCUGUCGAUAAACCUGGUGUAGUUGUAGUAGGAUUUUCUGUUUAUGGUGGAGGAGGAAUUCAUGAAUAUGAGUUGGAAGUAUUAGUUGAUGAUAGUGAUCAUACUGGAGAUUCAACUCAUUCACACAGAUGGACAUCUUUAGAGUUGGUUAAAGGAACUUACACCACAGAUGAUUCUCCCAGUGACAUAGCUGAAAUCAGACUUGACAAAGUUGUGCCACUGAAGGAAAAUGUGAAAUAUGCAGUUCGCUUGAGGAAUUAUGGAAGCCGGACUGCCAACGGAGAUGGAGGAAUGACCACAGUUCAGUGUCCAGAUGGUGUAACAUUUACAUUUAGUACAUGUAGUCUGAGCAGUAAUGGCACAAACCAAACACGAGGACAAAUUCCACAGAUUCUUUAUUACAGGAGUGAGUACGAUGGAGAUCUGCAAUCACAGCUGUUGAACAAAGCUAAUGAAGAAGAUAAAAAUUGUAGCAGGGCUCUUUCUGUUGUGAGUGCUGUUGUACGGGCAGCCAAGGACCUGUUGCACAGGGCUCUUGCUGUAGACGCUGAAGACAUUCCAGAACUACUCAGCUCUUCCAGUCUGUUUUCAAUGCUGCUUCCCCUCAUAAUAGCCUACAUAGGACCAGUAGCAGCAGCUAUUCCCAAGGUUGCUGUUGAGGUCUUUGGCCUAGUACAACAGUUGCUUCCUUCUGUGGCAGUUCUGAAUCAGAAAUAUGCUCCUCCAGCUUUUAACCCAAAUCAGUCCACAGACAGCACUACUGGAAACCAGCCAGAGCAAGGGCUUUCAGCUUGUACUACCUCCAAUCAUUAUGCUGUUGUAGAAAGUGAGCAUCCUUAUAAACCUGCCUGUGUUACACACUAUAAGGUGACUUUUCCUGAAUGUGUCAGGUGGAUAACAAUAGAGUUUGACACUCAGUGCGGCACUGCUCAAUCAGAGGAUGUUCUUCGUUUACUCAUUCCUGUUAGAAUUGCACAGAGUCUGGGAUUUGGACCAAAGCAUGCUUCUGUUCAUGACAACCUUAAUUCAUGGGUAGAGCUGAAAAAAUUCUCUGGAUCUUCAGGAUGGCCUACCAUGGUGUUAGUAUUGCCAGGAAAUGAAGCUCUUUUUUCUCUGGAGACUGCGUCAGACUAUGUGAAAGAUGAAAAGGCUUGUUUUUAUGGUUUCAAAUGUUAUGCAAUUGGAUAUGAAUUUAGUCCAGGAUCUGAUGAGGGUAUUAUUCAGCUGGAGAAGGAAUUGGCAAAUUUAGGAGGAUCAUGUGCAGCAGCUUUGAUGAAGAAAGAUCUAGCACUUCCUAUUGGUAAUGAAUUUGAAGAAGAUCUUGAGAUACUUGAAGAGGCUGCCUUACAGGUGUGCAAAUCUCACUCUGGCAUUCUUGGGAAGGGCUUGGCACUGUCUCACUCCCCAACCAUUUUGGAAGCUCUCGAAGGAAAUCUUCCACUUCAGGUACAAAGCAAUGAACAGUCAUUUCUGGAGGAUUUCAUUGCUUGUGUACCAGGAUCAAGUGGUGGACGACUUGCAAGGUGGCUUCAGCCAGAUUCAUAUGCUGAUCCUCAAAAAACAUCAUUGAUUUUGAAUAAAGAUGACAUUCGAUGUGGCUGGCCAACUGUUAUUACCGUACAAACAAAAGACCAGUAUGGGGAUGUUGUUCAUGUUCCUAAUAUGAAGGUAGAAGUCAAAGCUAUUCCUGUUUCUCAGAAAAAAACAUCUUUGCAACAAGAACAAGCUAAAAAGGUACAACGGAUACCAGGGAGUCCUGCAACAGCUGCGUCCCCUACCAGUGAUAUGACCUUUGGAGGACUUCCUUCACCAAAGCUAGAUUCUUCCUAUGAGCCAAUGAUAGUAAAAGAAGCUCGCUAUAUUGCUAUUACAAUGAUGAAGGCAUAUGAAAAUUACUCUUUUGAAGAACUUCGCUUUGCUUCACCAACACCAAAGAGACCCAGUGAAAACAUGUUGAUCAGAGUCAAUAAUGAUGGUACAUACUGUGCAAACUGGACUCCUGGAGCUGUUGGUCUCUAUACCAUUCAUGUUACUAUAGAUGGCAUUGAAAUAGAUGCUGGACUGGAAGUGAAAGUAAAAGAUCCUCCAAAAGGAAUGAUACCUCCAGGAACCCAACUUAUUAAACCAAAAGCAGAGCCUCAGCCAAACAAGGUUCGCAAAUUUGUGGCCAAGGACAGUGCAGGGCUUCGUAUCCGUAGCCACCCUUCCCUUCAGAGUGAGCAAAUAGGCAUAGUGAAAGUCAAUGGAUCCAUCACUUUCAUUGACGAGAUCCACAAUGAUGAUGGUGUUUGGCUGAGGCUGAAUGAUGAGACAAUAAAGAAGUAUGUUCCUAACAUGAAUGGUUACACUGAAGCCUGGUGUCUGUCUUUUAACCAACAUCUUGGCAAGAGCCUUCUGGUACCUGUUGACGAAUCUAGGUGUAAUACUGAUGAUUUUUUCAAAGACCUAAAUUCACACUGCCCACAGGAAGCAGUGAUGCAAGAACAAGAUAUGCCAUUCCUUCGAGGUGGACCUGGAGUGUACAAGGUAGUGAAGACUGGCCCAUCAGGUCACAACAUCAGAAGCUGCCCUAACCUUAGAGGUAUCCCAAUUGGAAUGUUAGUUCUGGGAAACAAAGUCAAGGCAGUGGGCGAGGUGACUAAUUCAGAAGGGACAUGGGUGCAAAUGGAUAAGAACAGCAUGGUAGAGUUCUGUGAAAGUGAUGAAGGCGAGGCAUGGUCGUUAGCUAGAGACAGAGGUGGAAACCAGUAUCUCCGACAUGAAGAUGAACAAAUUCUUCUAGAUCAAAAUGUUCAGACUCCUCCCCCAAGCCCUUUUUCAAUACAAGCUUUCAGUAAGGGGACAAGCUGUAGUAAUGGACAAGGGUUUGAUUACGGCCUUGGAAAUAACAAAGGUGACCGAAUGAAUUUCACAGGAGCUGCUAGACCAAUUUCUCCAUCAGGAAAAUCAGACAUGUCAUCAAAACAUAGAGCUGACAGCAGGUCACCCAAGCUUGAUGUGCGAAUAAAUAGAGCUGCAGCUGACCAGAAGAAACCUAGAAAUACAGAUGGCUUAUCUGCCAGUGAGUCUCUUAUGCUGAAAUCAGAUGCUGCAAAAUUGCGAUCAGACUCUCACAGCAGGUCUUUGUCUCCGAAUCAUAACACUUUGCAAACACUAAAAACUGAUGGUAGAACAACUACUGGUCUGAGAGCUGAAUCUCCAGGGCCAGGAAACCGAUCAUCUUCUCCAAAGACAAAGACACUUACAGCUGUUAGAUCUGGUGCUAGUUCUCCACGAUCCUCAUCACCACAUGACAAAACUCUACCUCAGAAAGCUCCUUCCCCUGUAAAAACAAAGCUUGAUCCUCCUCGAGAACGCUCCAAAUCAGAUUCUUACACGUUAGAUCCAGAUACCCUUCGCAAAAAGAAAGUACCGCUAACAGAACCCUUGAGGGGCAGGUCCACUUCACCCAAACCAAAAACUAUUGCAAAAGAUGGAAAACCUGUUACAGAAACUGAAAAUAGAGCUCCUUCCCCUCAUGUUGUACAAGAAAAUCUUCACAGCGAGGUAGUUGAAGUAUGUACUUCAAGUACUUUAAAGACUAACAGUAUUAUAGAUAGUACCUGUGAAGACAACACAGAAUUCAGAAGUCUGGACGAUGGUUCUAAUAAAGUUCAUUUCAGCAUAGGAAAAGCACCACUGAAAGAUGAGCAAGACAUGAGAGCAUCUCCGAAAGUGAGCCGUAAAUGUGCUGGUAGACACACAAGACCCAAAAAGGAAAAAUCCAGCUUUCUUUUCAAAGGAGAUGGCUCCAAGCCUGUAGAGCCUGCCAAGCAAGCAAUGUCACCUUCUGUUGCAGAAUGUGCUAGAGCUGUAUUUGCUGCAUUUCUCUGGCAUGAAGGUAUUGUUCAUGAUGCUAUGGCUUGUUCAUCUUUUUUGAAGUUUAAUCCAGAGCUGUCCAAAGAGCAUGCACCAAUUCGAAGCAGUCUUACUCAACAACCUGCAGAGGAAAAAGAAACAAAGUUGAAAAAUAGACAUUCAUUGGAAAUAUCAUCUGCUCUUAACAUGUUCAACAUCUCGCCUCAUGGACCAGAUAUAUCUAAAAUGGGUAGCAUCAAUAAAAACAAAGUUCUCUCAAUGUUAAAAGAACCACCUCUACAUGAAAAGUGUGAAGAUGGAAAAACUGAAACUACCUCCUUCGAAACAUCGAGUCACCACACAAUAAAAUCCAAGUCUCCUCUUCCAUUAACAUUGCAGCACUUGGUAGCUUUCUGGGAAGAUAUUUCUCUAGCAACUAUUAAAGCAGCUUCCCAAAACAUGAUUUUUCCAAGUCCUGGUUCUUGCGCAGUGUUAAAGAAGAAGGAAAGUGACAAAGAUAACAAGAAAACUAAAAAAGAGAAAAAGAAAAAAGAAAAGGUUGAGACUAGGCCAAGAGGAAAUCUUUUUGGCGAGAUGGCCCAGCUUGCAGUGGGAGGACCUGAAAAAGAUACCAUCUGUGAGUUGUGUGGAGAAUCCCAUCCAUAUCCAGUGACUUACCACAUGAGACAAGCUCAUCCAGGUUGUGGCCGUUACGCAGGUGGCCAAGGUUAUAAUAGCAUUGGGCACUUUUGUGGAGGAUGGGCUGGUAAUUGUGGUGAUGGUGGUAUUGGAGGAAGCACUUGGUAUUUGGUUUGUGAUCGAUGCAGAGAAAAAUAUCUCCGUGAAAAGCAAGCAGCAGCAAGAGAGAAGAUUAAACAGUCUAGGAGAAAACCAAUGCAAGUUAAAACUCCUCGUGCCUUGCCAACUAUGGAAGCUCAUCAAGUGAUUAAAGCCAAUGCACUGUAUUUACUGUCACUGAGUAGCGCUGCUGAGCCCAGUAUCCUCUGCUAUCACCCUGCAAAGGCAUUCCAGUCUCAACUUCCCAGUGUCAAAGAGGGAAUUUCUGAAGACUUUCCCAUUAAAAUGCCAUGUCUCUAUCUACAGACUUUAGCAAGGCAUCAUCAUGAAAACUUUGUUGGGUACCAGGAUGACAACCUCUUCCAGGACGAGAUGAGGUACCUGCGCUCAACUUCAGUACCUGCACCGUACAUCUCAGUUACUCCUGAUGCAAGCCCUAAUGUCUUUGAAGAGCCAGAAAGUAACAUGAAAUCUAUGCCCCCAAGUUUGGAAACCAGUCCAAUAACAGACACAGAUCUUGCGAAGCGUACAGUCUUUCAAAGAUCAUACUCAGUUGUUGCAUCAGAGUAUGACAAACAGCACUCAAUUUUGCCAGCACGUGUAAAGGCAAUCCCUAGGAGACGAGUCAACAGUGGAGAUGCAGAAGUGGGGUCCUCUCUCCUGAGACAUCCAUCUCCUGAACUUUCUCGGUUAAUCUCCGCCCACAGCUCUCUUUCCAAAGGAGAGAGAAAUUUCCAGUGGCCAGUAUUGGCAUUUGUAAUCCAGCAUCAUGAUCUGGAAGGACUUGAAGUAGCAAUGAAACAAGCCUUACGGAAAUCUGCUUGCCGAGUCUUUGCCAUGGAGGCUUUCAACUGGCUUCUUUGUAAUGUCAUUCAGACAACUUCUCUUCAUGAUAUUUUGUGGCAUUUUGUGGCUUCCCUGACUCCUGCACCUGUAGAGCCUGAAGAAGAGGAAGAUGAAGAAAAUAAAUCAAAUAAAGAAAAUGCAGAACAAGAAAAAGACACAAGAGUAUGUGAACAUCCUCUGUCAGAUAUAGUGAUUGCUGGCGAAGCAGCCCACCCAUUACCCCACACAUUUCAUCGCCUGCUCCAGACAAUCUCUGAUCUUAUGAUGUCUCUUCCCAGUGGUAGUGCAUUACAGCAAAUGGCCUUAAGGUGCUGGAGUCUCAAAUUCAAACAAUCGGAUCACCAGUUCCUGCACCAGAGCAAUGUUUUUCAUCAUAUCAACAAUAUUUUGUCUAAAUCUGAUGAUGGAGAUAGUGAAGAGAGUUUCAGUAUCAGUGUUCAGUCUGGUUUUGAAGUCAUGAAUCAGGAACUCUGUAUAGUAGUUUGUCUAAAAGACCUAACCAGCAUUGUUGACAUUAAAACAUCAAGCCGACCUGCCAUGAUUGGUAGUUUAACAGAUGGAUCUACAGAAACGUUCUGGGAGUCAGGAGAUGAAGAUAAAAACAAAACUAAAAACAUCACAAUUAACUGUGUAAAAGGAAUUAAUGCACGUUAUGUGUGUGUUCAUGUAGACAAUUCCAGAGAUCUUGGGAACAAAGUGACUUCAAUGACCUUCCUAACUGGCAAGGCAGUAGAAGAUCUCUGCAGAAUAAAGCAGGUAGACUUGGAUUCAAGACAUAUUGGCUGGGUAACAAGUGAACUUCCUGGGGGUGAUAAUCACAUCAUCAAAAUUGAAUUGAAGGGUCCAGAGAACACACUAAGAGUUCGACAAGUGAAAAUUCUUGGAUGGAAAGAUGGUGAAAGCAUUAAAAUAGCAGGCCAGAUUUCUGCAAGUGUUGCUCAACAAAGAAACUGUGAAUCUGAGACACUGCGAGUAUUCCGACUUAUUACAUCCCAGGUAUUUGGAAAACUCAUCUCCGGAGAUGCUGAGCCAACCCCAGAACAAGAGGAAAAAGCAUUGUUGUCUUCCCCAGAAGGAGAAGAAAAAGUACACAAUGCAACAUCAGAUGCAGACCUCAAGGAGCACAUGGUAGGGAUCAUAUUCAGCCGGAGCAAACUGACAAAUUUGCAGAAGCAGGUAUGUGCUCAUAUAGUCCAGGCCAUACGAAUGGAAGCAACCCGUGUGCGUGAAGAAUGGGAGCAUGCCAUCUCCAGCAAAGAGAACGCCAACUCGCAGCCUAACGAUGAAGAUGCCUCUUCUGAUGCUUAUUGCUUUGAGCUGCUGUCAAUGGUUCUGGCACUGAGCGGUUCCAACGUAGGCCGGCAGUAUCUGGCUCAGCAGCUGACUCUGCUCCAGGAUCUCUUCUCAUUGCUACACACUGCUUCUCCCAGGGUGCAGAGACAGGUAACGUCAUUACUAAGACGUGUUUUGCCCGAAGUAACCCCUAGUCGCCUGGCCAGCAUUAUAGGAGUGAAGUCUCUUCCGCCUGCAGAUAUAAGUGAUAUCAUUCACUCAACAGAAAAAGGAGACUGGAACAAACUAGGUAUCUUAGACAUGUUUUUGGGAUGCAUUGCCAAAGCCCUCACUGUACAGCUAAAAGCCAAAGGAACUACAAUAACAGGGACAGCUGGUACUACUGCAGGCAAAGGAGUUACUACAGUCACACUUCCCAUGAUCUUCAAUUCAAGCUAUAUUCGGCGAGGUGAAAGCCACUGGUGGAUGAAGGGUUCAACACCUACACAGAUCUCAGAGAUCAUUAUUAAACUCAUUAAAGACAUGGCAGCAGGCCAUCUGUCAGAAGCUUGGUCUCGUGUGACAAAGAAUGCUAUUGCUGAAACCAUCAUAGCUCUGACCAAAAUGGAAGAAGAAUACAGAUCACCAGUGAGGUGCAUUGCAACAACCAGGCUAUGGCUGGCAUUAGCAUCCCUCUGUGUACUUGAUCAGGAUCAUGUUGAUAGAUUAUCCUCUGGAAGAUGGAUGGGAAAGGAUGGACAACAGAAACAGAUGCCAAUGUGUGAUAACCAUGAUGAUGGUGAAACUGCCGCAAUCAUUCUUUGUAAUGUCUGUGGGAACUUGUGUACAGAUUGUGACCGAUUCCUUCAUCUCCAUCGGCGAACAAAAACUCAUCAGAGACAGGUAUUCAAAGAAGAAGAAGAAGCUAUCAAAGUUGAUCUCCACGAGGGUUGUGGCAGGACCAAACUUUUCUGGCUGAUGGCACUAGCAGAUUCUAAAACUAUGAAGGCUAUGGUGGAGUUUAGAGAACAGACAGGCAAGCCAACCACCAGCAGUUCUGAAGCGUGUCGUUUCUGUGGAUGUAGGAGUGGAACAGAGUUAUCAGCAGUGGGAAGCGUUUGUUCUGAUACAGAUUGCCAGGAGUAUGCUAAAAUUGCCUGCAGCAAGACACACCCCUGUGGCCAUCCAUGUGGAGGCGUCAAGAAUGAAGAGCACUGUUUGCCAUGCUUGCAUGGCUGUGAUAAGAAUGCUACAACUCUUAAACAAGAUGCUGAUGACAUGUGCAUGAUCUGCUUUACCGAAGCACUUUCAGCAGCACCAGCUAUCCAGCUGGACUGCAGCCACGUUUUCCAUUUGCAAUGCUGUCAACGAGUACUAGAAAACAGAUGGCUUGGGCCAAGGAUAACUUUUGGGUUUAUGUCCUGUCCGAUUUGCAAGAACAAAAUCAAUCAUACAGUAUUAAAGGAUUUGCUUGAUCCAAUCAAAGAACUCUAUGAAGACGUAAGGAGAAAAGCACUAAUGAGAUUGGAGUAUGAAGGGUUGCACAAGAGCGAGGCCAUCACAACACCAGGUGUUAGAUUUUAUAAUGACCCAGCUGGCUACGCUAUGAACAGAUAUGCCUAUUAUGUUUGCUACAAGUGCAAAAAGGCAUAUUUUGGUGGUGAAGCUCGUUGUGAUGCUGAGGCUGGACAAGGAGAUGACUAUGAUCCAAGAGAGCUUAUUUGUGGUGCGUGCUCUGAUGUUUCAAGGGCUCAGAUGUGUCCCAAACACGGUACGGAUUUCUUAGAGUACAAAUGCCGCUACUGCUGUUCAGUUGCUGUUUUCUUCUGUUUUGGGACAACACAUUUUUGCAAUGCUUGCCAUGAUGAUUUCCAAAGAAUGACAAGCAUCCCUAAAGAAGAACUCCCACACUGUCCUGCAGGUCCCAAAGGUAAACAACUUGAAGGAACAGAAUGUCCACUUCACGUUGUCCAUCCACCCACUGGUGAAGAAUUUGCUCUGGGUUGUGGGGUUUGCAGAAAUGCUCACACUUUUUAGACUAGCAUUUUUUUUUUACCAGAGCAAAACAGGUGCCCUCAUCCCUCAAGUGUCCUGAAAAUAAAGUCCAGCUGGGAUGAGGACGGGACCAUUUCAUAACCCAGGUAAAAGGAACAAUUUACAGUGCAAGAAGGAUGCCAAAUACCGUGUACAUAAUUCUUGCUGUGAGAUAUUGACAUUUUUUGAACUGAGACAUCAAAACUUGUGAGGUGUUUGCAUGUGGCCAUUACAGUCAUCGCCUAGGAAACAUUGGACAUUUACAAAUAAAUAAUUACUAUUAAAGGAUCUGUGUGUCUGUGGACUAUGAAUGAUGCUGGCUUUCAGGAGAAAGAAAAAAAUAUUGAUUAUUGUAUACUGACUUUUUGUAAUCUUGUACAAUUGUAACGCAUCACAAGUGGGGAUGGGAAAGAGGAAUAUUCUGGUUUAUUUCCUAGACUGUUAUAAAAAACAAUUGUGUUAGGAAGACAUAAAUGUAACAAGUAUCAUGCUGUAUAUAAAGGUAUCAAUGUUUGUCCUGUAUAAGAAUUAUUAAAUUACAACAGCAGUUUCAUUUAAACUUCUGGGUUAUGUUUGAGCCUGAAAUUUUAAUGAAGUGCAAUACUGAGUGUGCCUCAUAUCUUGCAGCUGUAAACAUAAUGGAAUGUACAUGUCAAUAAAGCCACUGUACAUUUUUAUACA